AUGUCGACUGUCGCCGUCGCCGUCGCCGGCAGAGGAUCGAUCACUCACGUCAUAUUCGACAUGGACGGUCUUCUUCUCGACACUGAGAAGUUUUACACUGAGGUACAGGAGAUUAUACUUGCUAGAUACAACAAAACAUUUGAUUGGUCUCUUAAGGCUAAAAUGAUGGGUAGAAAAGCAAUAGAAGCUGCUAGGAUUUUUGUUGAAGAAAGCGGGAUUAGCGAUUCUCUUUCGGCCGAGGAUUUCCUUGUCGAGAGGGAGUCAAUGUUGCAAGACCUCUUCCCUACUAGUGACCUAAUGCCAGGGGCUAGCCGACUUAUCAAACAUCUCCAUGCGAAAAAUAUUCCAAUUUGUGUUGCUACGGGUACUCACACACGUCACUUUGACUUGAAAACCCAAACACACAAAGAGCUUUUCUCAUUGAUGCAUCACAUAGUUCGCGGUGAUGAUCCAGAGGUGAAGCAAGGAAAGCCUGCCCCAGAUGGCUUUCUCGCUGCAUCUAGGAGAUUUAAGGACGGUCCCGUGGAUCCACAAAAGUUUCUUGUGUUUGAAGAUGCUCCAUCUGGAGUUCUUGCUGCUAAAAAUGCCGGAAUGAACGUUGUGAUGGUGCCAGAUCCUAGACUAGAUAUCUCUCACCAAGAUGUUGCAGAUCAAAUCCUAACCUCUCUACUCGAUUUUAAACCAGAGGAAUGGGGUUUGCCUCCAUUCGAAGAUUCAAACUAA